GAGGGAGAGAGAGAGAGAGCGAGCGAGAAUCUAGAGAGAGAAAGUUGACGGAGAUGGCUUGGGGGUGGUCGAUGUUGCGCUGGCUGGAGCUCGAAUUCACUCCCCCGCUCUCGAUUUUCCGGUGGCCGGAUCUGGUAUCCUCGUACUUCUCUCCGAGGUGGUCCAGUCGCGGGUUCCGGUGGCCGGACCUGGACUUCUCGGUCGUCGACAACGUGCUGUGGAGUCUGGUCACGGCUUUCGAGUCCGUCGCUCUGAUCUCCAUGCUCUGCUUCUUCUUCCUCUUCUGCGGCUGCACUGUCUGAUCUCUCUCCAGGAGUUCUUCUACAACAUUCCGGAAGCUCACAAAUGCCGGAUUCUCGCCGGCCGCCGGCAUCUUAGGCGGAGUGAGCAAUGCUGUAGACCAUGAGGACUGGUAGCUGAGCAUGUGGAGUUGAGCCACGUGGAGUGUGAAGUAAAGUUCCUUAAUAUUUUUUUUUAAUUAUAUAGUAUCGGCCAAUCAGAUCUGGACACUUCACUUCUCGAGGAGUAGUUCACCAAUUUGAUCGCACAAUUUGUAGUUUUUUUGUCUUCUGAUUUUGUAGUUUUUCUAUUGUUCAUCUUGUCUUAGUUGUUUCUAAAUUUCUUUAA